ACCGGCUUCCGGGAAGAUCUUCCGUCCGUCCGGCUCUGCGGACUCAAGGAGAGAAAGGAAAAAAAACCUCCCCCCCCGGUGUAACCACUCUUUGGACCUAAAAAGAUUCCCGAAUAUCCGUGCACAGGUCCACGCCCGCCUCCCCAUGCAGAACCCCAUGAAAUGAAUAAAGCACCACAGCCUAUAACGGGACCCCCCUCCACCCCCCACCCUGCCCCCUCCCCGGGCCUCUCGCAGCCCUCGUUUCCCCCCGGGCAGCCCCCUUCUGUUGUGUUUGCCACCCCGCAGCCUCCACAAAUGAACCCGACACAACAGCCCCGACAGUUUGCCCCAGGGCCCCGACCUAUACACCAACAGGGAAGCUUCAGGUCGCUACAGCCCUACUACAACCGGGCCAGCCUGCCUCCCAGCAGCGGGCCACGGGGUGUCCCACCCAGCAGCGGCCCCCGGCCCGUGACUCCCACCCACGUCUACCAGGCGGGCCCUGGAUCCCAAAUGGUGAUGAUCCCUCAGCAACAGUUACCCUUCGCCAGCUCACCACAAGGACCCGCCUACUUCAUACCGGGACAGUAUCGCUCGCCGACCUAUGUGGCCACCCCGCAGCAAUACCAAGUCCCAGCAGGAACCCCGGGCUUCUACCCAGGCACCAGCCCCGCUGAAUAUGGUACUUACGCUGGGGCUUACUACCCCGCGCAGCCUCAGUUCACCCCGUCGGUGCAGGCGGCGCCCGUCAUCAUGAACCCCGCUCCUCAACAGCAGCAAGCACCACCUCAGCCCCCCCAGCACAUCCACACCAAGCGGGAGCGCAAACAGAUCAGAAUAAGAGACCCUAACCAAGGAGGUCGAGAUAUCACGGAGGAGAUUAUGUCCGGGGGCCGCAGCGGCUCCACCCCAACCCCCCCACAGUCAGCCAUAUCGGGAUCAGAAAGUACAGCGGCGACGCAGGCGAACGGUGAGAACGCCCCAGCUGCUCCAGCAGUGGUUCGACCAGAUGACAGAAGGAAGCCCACGCCUCCUCCCCCGUCAAAGACGCCUGAACUUGCGAAAACCGACCCCAUCCCUGCAGAAUCUCCCCCCACUGACACAGACACUAAGACCCCCACGCCACCGCUGCUCAUUCAAGAAGAAACAGCCCCUCUCAACACUACUCCCUCGUUUGCACCCAGCGCGCCUGUUGCAGAUGUGAUGGACGCUCCCCCGCCUCUACGGGAAGCCACGCCUCCCCCUCAGAGUGCGCCCGAGAUACCCGCCUACCCCGCGCCCCUUCCAGACCCCGUCCCCGCCUGCGCUGCGCAGGACAGAUCAGACAAGAAAGCCACAGAGGUGGUGGAAGAGGUGGAGCCCGUAGCAGAAGAGGCCGCCUCCCGGGACACGCCCCUCGCUGCCUCCUCCGCGACCAACGGCGUAGCAGACAUCGAGACGGAGGCGGAGCCGGAGAAACUGUUGGUCACGUUACCACCCUGCCACCUGGAGGCGCCCCUGGAGUCGCCCAUCGCACAGCCCGAGGAGCUCCGGCUUCCAAACGGGCUGCCGUUACCGGCGCCCCAAGAUCCCGAGGCCCCCGCCGUCAGCACAGCCGAGCGCGACGACAGCCCGAUCGCCGAGCCCGACGUGGAACGGGACUCCGUCGCGCAGGUCUGCGCUCCCACUGCUCAGGCGGUGCCCGAGCCUGCUGUCCAGGUGGUGCCCGAGCCUGCUCUCCAGGCCACGCCCGCACCCGUCGUCCAGCCGGAACCCGAACCUGCUGUCCAGGAAAUUCCCAAAGCAGCCGAGGAUCCGGAGCCCGCUCUGCCCGAGGCACAGGACCCGGCUCCCGUCGUCGAACCGGACGUCACUCCAGUAGAGCCCGACGCCAAGGAGGAAACGCCAUCUCCCGUGGAGACGGUUUCCCUCGCCGAGAGCCCCUCUGAAACAGUGCCCAGUCCUCCCCCUCCCGAAGCAGAGGAGAGGGAGGGCACCCCGCCUCCUCAGCCCGCCGCCCCCGCCCUGGUAGAAACUACUAUGCAAGCUGCUGUGUCUGUGCCAAAGAAGAAGAGGAAGAUGAAGGAUCUGAACAAGAAGGAGGCUGUGGGAGAUCUCCUCGAUGCCUUUAAAGAGGAACAGGUGGUGGUCCCACCAGAGCCGGAACCCGCCCCGGCCCCGGAGCCUCAGCGCCCUGCUGCCUCUCCCCCUGCCCCAGAGGAGGCGGACCUGACCUGGGAGGACAAGGAGGACAAGCUGGACGCCGAGAACAUCCAGCCCGACUCUCCCCAGCCAUCCGCCACCGACAAGAAGUACCAGUACAAAGAGGAGCAAUGGAAGCCAAUCAACCCAGAGGAGAAGAAGAAAUACGACCGGGAGUUUCUUCUGGGAUUCCAGUUCAUCUCAGCCAGCAUGAAUAAGCCCGAGGGUCUGCCCGCCAUCAGCGAUGUCGUCCUCGAUAAGGCUAAUAAGACUCCUCUGAGGCAGCUCGACCCGAGUCGCCUUCCAGGAAUGAACUGUGGACCCGACUUCACGCCCUCAUUCGCAAACCUGGGAAGGCCCGGAAUGGGAGGAGGCGGCCGAGGACCGCCUCCAGGCAUGGGCAUGGGAGUGGGCGGCCCGCGGCGCUCCCAGCAGAUGCAGAGGAAAGAGCCGAGGAAGAUCAUCACCAGCAUGUCGCUCGGUGACGACAUUCAGCUCAACAAGGCGGAGAAGGCCUGGAAGCCCUCGGCGAAGAAGGUGACGAACCGCAGCCGCGUGGUGGAGGACGCGGUGGAGCAGGAGGAGAACGACCCGGACAACCAGAAGACCCAGGAGCUGUUCAAACGGGUGCGCAGCAUCCUCAACAAGCUGACCCCGCAGAAGUUCCAGCAGCUGAUGAAACAGGUGACGGAGCUCACCAUCGACACCGAGGAGAGGCUGAAAGGCGUCAUCGACCUCACCUUCGAGAAGGCCAUCUCCGAGCCAGACUUCUCGGUGGCCUACGCCAACAUGUGCCGCUGCCUUAGCGGGCUUAAAGUCCACACCACAGAUAAGCCGGGAGUCACUGUGAAUUUCCGCAAGCUGCUACUAAACCGAUGCCAGAAGGAGUUCGAGAAGGACAAGGACGAUGAUGAGAUCUUUGAGAAGAAGCAGAAAGAGCUGGAAGCUGCUGCAGGGGACGAGGAGAAGCAGCGGCUCCGCGAGGAGCUGGAAGACGCUAAAGACAAGGCCCGGAGACGCUCGCUGGGCAACAUCAAGUUCAUCGGCGAGCUGUUCAAGCUCAAGAUGCUCACGGAGGUCAUCAUGCACGACUGUAUCGUAAAGCUGCUGAAAAACCACGACGAGGAAUCCCUGGAGUGCCUCUGCAGACUGCUGUCCACCAUCGGCAAGGACCUCGACUUUGAGAAGGCCAAACCCCGCAUGGACCAGUACUUCAACCAGAUGGAGAAGAUCAUAAAGGAGAGGAAGACCUCCUCCAGGAUCCGCUUCAUGCUGCAGGAUGUUCUGGACCUGCGACGGAACAACUGGGUGCCCCGGAGAGGCGACCAGGGUCCGAAGACCAUCGACCAGAUCCACAAAGACGCCGAGCUGGAGGAGCACAGGGAGCAAAUGAAGGUCCAGCAGGCGCUCAUCUCCAAGAAGGAGUCCGGCGGAGGCCCGGGCCGGAUGAGCGGCGGGGGAGGCCCCGGCGGUCGCGGGGGACCUCACAACCAGGGCCGCGGGGAGGGCCGCGGUGCCCCUCCCCAGGACGAAGGCUGGAACACAGUGCCCAUCUCCAAGAACCGACCCAUCGACGCCUCUCGCCUUAGCAAAAUCACCAAGACUCCUGUUCUUGACUUCAGUAAUCAGCUGCUGGCCCCCGGAGGUAAGGGCACAUGGGGCAGCUGGGGUAAGGGCAGCAGCGGUGGCACCAGUGCCAAACCUGCAGAUUCUGGCUCGGAUUCAGGCAGCCGUCCAGCCGCCAGCACACUGAACAGAUUCUCAGCCUUGCAGCAGCCGUCGUCCUCUCCGGGCUCCUCGAUGGACUCAGACAGAAGAGUUCCUCAGAGAAACAGCUCGAGUCGAGAGCGCGGCGACCGCUUCGAACGCCCGGACCGCGGAGGAGGAGGCGACCGCUUCGAGCGGCGGGACGACCGGGACCGAAACCGACUCCAGGUCACCAAGCGCAGCUUCAGCCGGGAGAACGAGGAGCGGAGCCGCGAGCGGGAGCAGCGCGGCUCGGUCGAUCCCGUCCGCCGAGUGGCGAGCAUGACCGACGACCGAGGCAGCCGAGAGCGGGCCAGGAGCAAAGAGAAUGUGAAACGGGAGACGGUCGCCACGCCUCCUCCUCCCCCCACCCCCACCAAGCCGGCCUUGUCCGAGGAAGAGAUGGACAAGAAGUCCACAGCCAUCAUCGAGGAGUACCUCCACAUUAAUGACAUGAAGGAAGCUCUGCAGUGCGUGCAGGAGAUGAACAGCACGGAGCUGCUCUUCGUGUUUGUGCGGAACGGGCUGGAGUCGACGCUGGAGCGCAGCACCAUCGCCCGGGAGCACAUGGGGAUUCUGCUGCACCAGCUCCUCAAGGCCAGCAUCCUGCCCACGCCGCAGUACUACAAAGGGCUCCAGGAGAUCAUGGAGGUGGCUGAAGACAUGGCCAUAGACAUCCCCCACAUUUGGCUCUACCUGGCCGAGCUGACCGCUCCCAUGCUGCAGGAGGGGGGCAUCCCCAUGGGACAACUAUUCAGGGAGAUUUCAAAGCCUUUGAUCCCUCUGGGCAAAGCUGGAGUGCUGCUGGUCCACAUCCUCAACUUACUCUGCAAGGGAAUGAGCCAUAAAAAGGCGGGGACGAUGUGGAGGGAGGCGGGCCUCCGGUGGAAAGACUUCCUCCCCGAGGACGUCGACGUCAACAAGUUUGUGACAGAAAACAAUGUGGACUUCACACUGGACAACGAGUCGGAGAAAAGUCCAACGAAGGAGCUGAGCGCCGCGGAGCUGAGCAAACAGCUGGAGAGUCUCCUCCAGGAGAAGGCCGACAACCAGAGGAUCUUUGACUGGGUGGAGGUUAACCUGGAUGAGCAGCAGACCUCCAACAUGUUCGUCAGAGUUCUGAUGACCUGCGUCUGCCAGUCUGCCAUCAUCUGUGAUAACCCGUACAAGGUGGACAGUGAUCUGAUCAAGCAGAGAGCCGCGCUGCUGCAGAGAUACCUGAAGGACGAGCAGAAGGAGCUGCAGGCUCUGUACGCCCUGCAGGCCCUCAUGGUGGAGAUGGAGCAGCCCGCCAAUCUGCUGCGGAUGUUCUUCGACACGCUCUACGACGAGGACGUGAUCAAAGAGGAGGCCUUCUACAAGUGGGAGUCCAGCAAAGACCUGGCCGAGCAGCAGGGGAAGGGCGUGGCCCUCAAGUCCGUCACCGCCUUCUUCACGUGGCUCCGCGAGGCAGAGGACGAGUCGGACAACAACAGCUAAAAGAAGCUGGGACGAUUCAGAUGCAGCCUGAAUCUGAGAAAUCCUUCUGCAUAAACAGAAAAGAAAAGAAAAAAAUUAAGAAAAAAAAAUUCUUCAACUGGGAGAGAUUGUAUUAUGGAUCGAACGUUCGAUCUUUUUUUUUUUUUUUGUUUGUUUUUUGUUUUUUUGUUUUUCUUGCGCAAACCGAAUGUCUUUUUUUGAACUGAAUAAUCAACAGAGUAGAUUUAAGAGAGAGGACGCCGAGCCGUGGGAGACACUGUUAAUGCUGGCUUUCUUCAGUAUUUUCUUUUCAGUUGGCUUUUAUUGUUUGUUUUUUUUUCUUCCUCUCGCCACGGCAACACUCUUCAAGACAUUUUUGCUUAAUGACAGAUCUGUAGAAGACGGAAAAAAAAAACUCUUCUGUUCACAUCUAUAUUUUUGGAGGAAUUCACCCUUUAUUAUUCGGCGCGGCCUCGUGUGCGGAGCUGCUUCUACACGACGCAGAGCUUUUUGGUUUUCCAGUGUUUCCCUCCCCACCUCCCGGUUGGGUGAUGCGUGGAGUGCGUGUUUUAUAAUAAAAUAGAAAAAAAACUAUAAAGAGAGCGCGGCCUCAGCCCGGCGCCCGAGGAGGACGGCCUCACUGAGGAGAGACGGGGGACAGGGUCCAGGAUGGACGAUGAGGACGGGAUGCAGUGAACUGAGUCUGCCGAUGGCGGGGCGGGGGGGGGGGCACCGGGGUAGCGGGCAGUGACCCCGCCCCCUCUCUCUGCCCCCCCCCAUGUUUAACACUGCUUCGAACACUAAGACGGAGGAAAGCAGAGCGCGGCUGCAGCUUCCGCCUGGAUUUUAUUAAAGAGAAAGUAUCACUAUUGAAACUUGAAGAAGAAGAAAAAAAUCCACUUUAAUGAAAAACGAAGUUUAACAGUACGAAAUCCUAAGGCCUUUUUUUGUUGUUGUUGUUGUCGCUUCCAUGAGUGGAAAUACUUCAGGAGAGUUGUGUACAUACCUGAACGAAUAGUUGUUUUUUUUUUCCUCCCAAAGAAAUGAUGCUAAUAUUCCCCACCUCUGAAACAAGAGUUCACCCCCCUGUAUUUAUAUUUUGCUCUCCUCAGCUGGCAGAAGGUGCUUGUAAUUAUCCCUCCCGAGUUGUUGAUUACAGUUCAAUUGAAAAUGUGUAAAUACUUUUUUGCUUUACUUUAUUAAAAAAAAA